AUGACUUCGAGGUGUAAGCAACUCCUUCUGAUUCUCUGCUCAUUGUUAGUCACCAUAACAGCCACAAAAUGGGAAUCUAAGCCAAGUAACCUUACCAAAUAUUUUGUGGAAAGCGAGUUCUGCAAGAUGCCCUAUGUGGAUCCGUUCAGCCAGGAUAUAAUGUCAAGAUUUCGUAGCCGAAAACUUAAGGUCUGUCACCACGAUAGAGAGCUAAUAACGCCCGAAUUCGACCCAGAAACUAAGCUCUAUCGUUUGCACAUACACAAGGAGUUAGUUAAGGGUAAACAAAAAAAUAUUACAUUGACCUGUUACUAUCAGAAAAUUACAAGAAACAGCAAGGAGAUGCGGCCAGAUGAUUCAUAUAGUCUAUCAGAUCAUCGACUUUUAACCCACCACCUGACUCUACCCAAAGAUGUCGAAUUCCUAACCACUUCUUGUUCAAUCCAAAAUAAAAGCGAGAAAUCAAAGACCUUCCAGCGAGAUGGUUUCGCUUUCGUUCAGGAUCACUUUACGGCCAAGCAGUUGAGAAAAAAUCUCGAGAUAAUGAAUCAGAAGGAUGAGCCCAAGCCCAGUGUGAUUAUAAUGGGUCUGGACUCCACAUCCCGCAUGAACUUUCGGCGUGCCAUGCCAAAGGUCUCGAAGUAUGUGGAUCAGGAGGGAUGGUUCGAGAUGCAGGGCUACAAUAAAGUGGGCGACAAUACUUUACCCAAUAUGUUGGCCGUACUUGCGGGAACUUCGAAGGAACAAGUGAGAAAGCAUUGCGGUCUAAGCUAUCGAGGUUGCCUGGACGAAGUCAACUUUAUCUGGAAGCGUUACAAAAAAGAGGGAUAUACAACAGCUUUCGCCGAGGACUGUGAGUACAUGAGCACUUUCAACUAUGGAGCAGCUGGAUUUGUGAACAAGCCAGUCGAUUAUUAUUUAAGACCCUUUCUAUAUGCUGCCGAGGCAACUCUAAAGUUGACUUCAUAUCUAAGCGCGGCCUAUUGUGUUGGCCGUCAUUUGAGUUUUAAAUAUGUCUGGGAUUUUGGUCACCAAUUCAUCAAGCGCUUUCUGAACGAGGCUCCCAUGUUUGGCUUACUCUGGAGCAACAGUUUUACCCAUAACUCCAUGACGGGAGCCACAGCUUUGGAUAGUACUUUCAAGGAGUAUUUGGACAACUUUCAGCAACUGGGACUAUUCAAUCGAUCGGUUGUGAUUUUCAUGAGUGACCACGGAGAUCGGUUUAACUCUCUUAGAAGGAAAGUUUCGGGAUUUCUCGAAGAGCGUCUGCCCAUGAUUUUCAUUUAUGUGCCGCCGUGGUUUAGGGAGAAAUAUCCCCAGUAUGUGAAAAGCCUGAAGAACAAUCGCAAUCGACUUUCCUCGAACUACGAUCUGCACAUGACUUUGCACCAUCUGCUGCAAUUGAACACUGCAUCCAUGGCUGAUUUCGAUCCCAAUUUCCAGGCGGUUAAGUGUAAAACUUGUCAAUCGCUCUUCUUUGACCUACCAGUAAAUCGAGCUUGCUCCGAAGCGGGCAUCGAUGAAAAAUGGUGCACUUGUCACCCACCCGAAAAAGUCAACGAUCCUACAUUAAUCAAGGAAAUUGGCCAGGCCAUAGUGGAUGGUUUAAACAAACACUUUCUGGAAAAGAAGAUCUCAGAUAUUUGUCACACAUUUAAAUUGGGUCACGUCCGACACGCAUACCGAAAACUUAUACUGGCAACUGCCUUCAAACCCACGGAUCCGGAUGAGCAUAUCUACACACUUGAGUUUUGGGCCAUUCCCAGAGGAUUGUUUGAGGCCACAGUGGGAUGGAACAUAAGAACUAAAGUGCUGACCAUGAAUGUAAACGAGCUGAGCAGGUUGAACAGCUACGAAAAGGAUUCUAGGUGUGUGGUGGAGGCACAAAUGAAAAAGUACUGCGUUUGCCAUUAG